AUGAGGCAGUUGGACAUCAAGGAAGUCAAGUCGACAAGUCUUCACGAGUCAAACAACUACACAAGAAGUCAGACAACGACUACGAGAAGUCACUCAACGUCAAGAAGAUGUUAUACCAGCUCAAUACGUCAAGAAGUCGAGGAAUUUAGGAUUCAAAUAUUGAAAGGUAUAAAAGAAUCAGAGCUACCGAAAAGAGGCGCAAGCCCAGCUGCUACUGACAACAACAUCGUCGGAAGAAUUCUGUCAAAGGAAGCCAGGAACAUUGGUUCCCCAGCUCGACCUCAAGAACGUCAGCCGAGCAGAGCACAACUUCAGGAGCCCAGAUCCCAUACAAGCUCAUUGCGCUCAACAACAGUCGCAGCAACUGGUCUCAAACAGGAUCAAUCGAUUCUGGAAAGGACAAUGCUGCAAAAACAACACAUCCAGCCGUGGAAUUCGCCGCAGAGGAGCUCCAACCUCCGAAAGGCGUCAGCGAGAACUUCGCCAGCUGAAACCAACGAAGGAGUGGAUGCCAAGCAUCACCUUCGUCUAUCCCCAUCCGCCGUCAAUCGGACAACACCAAUAUUGGCACACAACUCCAAGAAGAUGUGCACGGAUUCAACACAUCAUCAGGUGCUUCGGGCAACAACAUCGCUAAGAAGUACCAGCAAGAAUCAAGAAUCAUCUUCAAGGAAAGACGACAACACAAGUCAAGGAAAAGGAAUGUUGGACAACAAUCAAAACAUGUCAAGUCAACUUCACGUCUUCAUGUCAAAGCAAGAUCCAUCCAACAAACCUAUAACUCCAUCAACACAAGGAAAGAACUCCAACUGCAGUACAUCCUUUCACACUAAAACAUCAAGGAAGAUGUACCAGCAGUAUCAUCCAAAGAAAGAUCCAGGACACCAAAUCAAGGAAUGGAUACGUCUAGUACCAGCACUCAAACCUCAAGAUCAACUACAAGCUGCAACAAAGAUCGAGAUUUGGGCAUUCAGUCAUGUGGGAUUACGCCGACAACACGGACUCUACAGCGAGCCAUCUCGAAAAAACAGCGACGCAAUCGCGCUCAGCGGCACAGCGGCUUUUUUGGCGCGAAGCACUAAAAUUCAAAUUUAA